AUGGUGUUGCCACACUUAGUUUUCAAGGAAUGGAUGUUAGAAACUGCACUUCUCCUCAAGCCAAAGAUAUUUGAAAAGUUGUUGAUGGUAAUAGGAUCUCUCUGGAAAAAUCGAAAUACUAUGUUAUGGGAAGAUAAGUCACAGUCAGCACUAUUGUGCAGCUCCUUCACAUGGUUGGAAGAGUUCAAGAAGGCACGAAUUGCUUCUGCUGCACAAAAGCAGGUUGUCAAGCAUCGAUGGCAGCCGACUAAUGGAAACAGAAUCAAAAUGAAUGUGAAUGGAGCAUUCCUAUCAUCGCUGAUGCAUGGUGGAGCUGGUGGUGUUGCGAGGAAUGCAUCUGGCCAAUUCAUGGCUGCUUUUGCUAACCAUCUGCCUCAUGUGAACUCGGCUAAGCAAGCGGAGUUAUUGGCUAUUCAAACCGGUCUAGAGAUGACAGUUGGGCUGCAGCUUCCCUUUGUCACAAUUGAAACUGAUUGCCUUACUGCAGUACAAGCAAUCAUGCAUCCUCAAUAUGAGUUUUCAGAGUAUGCAGGCAUCAUUGCUGACAUCCAUGACCUGCAGAUGAAGUUCCAGGAAACAAAAAUCCAUUUUGCCCCCAGAGAGUGCAAUCGAGUUGCACACAGACUUGCAAAUAUUGGUUUUGAAUCAGGUCAGAAUGAGUCUUGGUUCCAGCAGGCUCCUAUUUGUAUUACUGAUGUACUCCAUUAUGACUGUAACCAUCUGAGUUAG